GAAUCUCCCGCUUGUUGUUCAAACACAUGCGCUUCCGGGACCUGCCGGAAACCUCCGAGUCCAAGUACGAGAAAUUUGAUGUGCCAGUUUUCCGAUCGUGGUCCGACCGUUUGUCAGAUCAAGGGAUGAACUCGGUACAUUCGGCCUUCUACAGAACAGCCCGCAACCCCUCCAACACUCAGUAUCUCAAACGCCAACAGCAAGACCUGGUCAACAAUCUGGCGGCACUACUAGCAGACGGCAGGGGCAAGAACUCGGGCUCCACUCUGCGCAUGCCCAGUCUCAGGUUCGGGUAA